AUGACUAUUUCGAGCCACCAAACAAGUGAUGUGCGAGCAUAUGUAGAUGAUCUGUUGGGAACGCUACAAGAAUCGCUAUGGAAGGUAAACCAUGAGAUUUGGUCGAAUCCCGAGCUUGCCUAUCAAGAACACCACGCACAUGAUGUUAUUUGCGAUUUCCUCGAAGCGCAAGAAGGAUUCACAGUGACUAGACAUGCAUAUGGUUUAGAAACGUCUUUUGAGGUUACCAGCGGAGCGGGUGGCCGGCUUGUCAAUUUUAACGCUGAAUAUGAUGCGCUUCCUGAAAUUGGACAUGCCUGCGGUCACAACCUCAUCGCAACGAGUAGCAUUGCUGCUUUUCUGGCGCUUUCUUUCAGCCUACGAAAAUAUGGCAUUCCUGGACGUACCCAACUCUUAGGGACUCCAGCCGAGGAGAAUGGUGGAGGAAAGGCCAAGCUCAUUGAUGCAGGAGCUUAUAAUAGUGUCGAUAUUUCACUCAUGGCUCAUCCCGGGGCCAAAAAGAUAUUCCCAGAUCAGGAGGAAUCAGAUGGAAUUGCUGGAACCUUUAUGAAUGCUCGGAAAAAUAUACAUUGCGAAUUCACAGGAAAAAGUGCCCAUGCAGGCGCCAAUCCAUGGGAUGGCGUCAAUGCCCUUGACGCCCUCGUUGCCUCAUAUAAUAACGUUGCUGUUCUUCGCCAACAGCUUUUACCUGAUCAACGAGUGCAUUGUGCUUUUACAGACACACCAAAGGUAGCUAAUGUGAUUCCGCCAUUCACUAAAGCAUUUUGGCAAGUUCGUAGUCCGACACUGAAAGGGCUCAAUGAUCUCACCUUGAAGGUGUGCAACUGUAUUGAGGCUGGGGCUUUAGCUACUGGAUGCCAAGUCACAAUUAGAGAAGAUGAACUAUACAAAGAUGUUCGAUUGAAUGACACCCUUUGUGAGAGAUAUCAAGUCCAUAUGGCUUCAUAUGACCGAAAGGUUUUGAAAAGUCACGAAAAAGUCAUGACAGCAUCAUCUGACAUUGGCAAUGUCAGCUAUGUCACUCCUACUUUGCAUACAAUGUUCGCCAUCCCCCUGGCAGUGGACACUUCUCCUCAUCAUCCUAAAUUUACGGCAUUGGCGGGAACAACAGAGGCGCAUCAAGAGGCAGUUAUUGUAGGGAAGACAUUGGGUAUAAUCGGGUAUGAAAUGAUCACUAAUGAUGAGAUGUAUGACAUGGCUCGCCGGCAAUGGCAGGAUCAGAUUCGCCACGAUGAUUGA